AUGGGGGUUGCAAGUCCACCGUCUCAUCCCCCGCUUCCAAAAAAGCCAUCCCUUGCCCCAAAGCCAAAAGCACUUGCUGAAACAUCACAACACAACACACUCAUAGAAGGAGAGAGCAUUGAGAGCAUCUGCAGUUCAUCCUCCUCAGAUGCAAUUACCAAUGACUCCUCUCCUGUAACGCAAGAAAUACAGGUACAGGCUAGUACCCCUGAAACUUCUAAAUCCACUGGCAACCCAAGCAGGCCAACUCCAAAGCCACGGAAGACUAUCAACUUACACGCAAAUGGCACUCCAGGUGAGGUUGCACCUAGUCCUCGACCUCGAGUGCUGCCAAAACGCAAUGCCCCUCAACGAGAAUCAGAACAAUCUACACCUGCAGAAGAGUCAUCUUUAUCAUCGGUAUCCUCAUCAUCCACAUUUCUCAAUGGCAAUGAAAAAGAUGUUACAAAUAGUUCCCCUCCAAAUACUCAGGAGAGACCAAACACACCUGUCAGAAGAUUGACAUUGGGUUCAUCUGAUUUUACUCCUAAGGUGUCUCCAAGAAAUCCUAAAUGGUCUCCUGUACGAAGUCCAUUGCAACGUUCUAAUUCUUCCACAUCAGAUUAUUCUGCUUCUUCUAGCACAAUACUUGAUGUGGAUGUGGACACAAAGUCAGAUAAUCUAACACCAGACACCAAAGCUAAUGGGCAAAAUAUAACAUUGACAGAUACACUGAUAAAAACUGAGAAAAAAGAUGAAGAUGCAAGUUCCAGUGUGCCUACACAUAGGCCAAAGCCAAAUGUUAGUCCUAAAAAGCCUAGUCUUGCUCUACUCUCGAAGAGAAAGACUGUGUCUUCCAUAGGUCACAUUUCUUUAGAUAAAGAUAAUGAAAAGUUACCUUCUGAGAAUGGCAAAAAAGCAGUACCUCAGCGCCCAUCUUUGCCACCAAAGAGACUUUCUGCAAUACCUAUUCAAAAUGGCUCAUCUUCCCAAUCAACUGGGAAAUCAAAAUCUCAUGCACAGGAAUUGCCAAAGGAGGAUCCUCCACAAAGUAAUGGCAAUAAAACACAAGAGCUUUCAGAAGAUGUGUCUUCCAGUAGUGAAUCAACGAACAAUAACUCGCCAGCAACCAAGGAAAGUGCUGAGCAAAAUAGUACUGUUAAAUCAACAAAAUGUGAGUCAACUUCUGUAACAACUUCAGGAACUAACAUCGAUAAACCUGCAGAGGACUCGAAGGCACCUCCGAUUCUCCCCAGGAAAGCUAUCCUUCGCAAUCCUGUAGCACCACCAAGACGUGUUAAGAGUAUGUCCGAGAGUGAUCCUAACUCUGAAUUGAGUACUGAUAUGAAAAGAAAUGGUGGUUUUAAUAAUGAGAGGUCUUGCCAACAGAAGUCACUUGAGAGCCAAACAAAAUUGCAGAGCGAAGGGGAAGAGAAAAGUGAAGACAAUAGUAACACCGAAAGGAGUACUCUGAAGAGAAAUAGGAGAGCGGUGAAGUCUUGUGAUCCACUAGCUUUAGAGAAUGUGAAGCCUUCCAAGGAUAAACCAAAUGUUCCUAAUGGUGAGGUUCAACAGAAAUCAAAGCCACCAAGGCCUCCUCCACCAAGUAAACCUUCAGGACUGAUUCAUCAAACAUCGCUUCAAGGGCCACCUCCUAGACCAAAACCAAUCAGAGCCAAAACCAUUGAUGUAACAUCACAGGUGAAUGAAAACUUCAAAUCAACAUCAAAUAAAACACACAAUCGAAACUCGCCAUUAAGAAGCAAGAAAAUAAACCAGGUCACCUGUGAAAAGUUUGACUAUUCGGAUUGGGAAAUUGUUGAUAUAACACCCCAACAAAAGCAGAAGAUUGAUGAAAAGGGAAGAGAAAAAAUUAUUUCCAGUGAGUUCUUUGAAGAUGUGGCAGCUCAGAAGUCAAAGAGGGAUGCUGAAAUUGAACCAGAGUUAAAACAAUCAUCAUCAAAGAAAUCUAAUAAUGAACAACUAAAACAACCUAACCAAUUGUCUAAAGGACAAGAGACCAUACUGACAAAAGUAUCAGAACCAGAAACUGAAAAGCAACCAGAAGGAGAGGCAGUGUCCCAGCUAAAGCUAAGAAAGUCACGACCUCCUGUACCAGCUCAAAGAAAUUCCAUUGAGGGAAGCCCUGUUCACAAACCAUUCUCUACCUCUGUCCUUGAAGAAAAGGAUGUAAGUUCCAAUGAUGGCAACUCCCAGGAGAUCAGUGGACGUCCUUUGAGCCAAGGAAGUCCUAUAAAUGGACGUUCUCCGAACUCGUCUCCAAAGAAGAUGCUGAAAGACAGGGGAAGAGGCUCCUCUCCAAGGAGACCUAGUUGUCCCCCGCCUCCUCCACCUGGUGUACCUCAAACAAAUGUUGCAACACCGCGUGCACACUCACCAUCUCCAAAGAUAACACCAGCUCAGCUGAAGUCUCCAACUCCUCCAGAACUUUCUCCAGCCAUCAAACCAAAGAGACCAGCUCCUCCAAGACCAAAUGCUCCUCCAGUCAAAAUGUCUCCAAAUAGCCGUAGUAAUUCACCUAAGCCUGCUCUGCCCCAAAACAAUGAUGCUGAGGAAGACCAAACCAACAUUUACUCCGAAGCAAAUGUUAACUUCCAGAACAGGGAUGAUGAUGAUGAUGAAGAUUCAGAAACAUCCAGUAGAGACCAUGAUUAUGAACUUAUCCCAGAUCCCAGGAGGACACUUACCAGAAACUCAGAGCCAACCUCAUGCAGUGAUGGAGAAACAAGAAAAGACAGCUCUAGUAGGGCGAGUGGGUACAUUGAUGAUGGAUUAUACUUAGAACCCAACCAAAGAGAAGAUGAGGAACUUAAUGAUAAUGAGUAUGUGUAUCCCGAAUUCAUGCCUGCAAAUAACAUUCCAAUCUCACCCCCUACACCCCCUCCUAACCCUGAACUAGACCCUGUUUUUACCCAAGAACACCCACCUGUGGUACCUAAAAAUCGUCUCUCAUCUGGAGCUAAGAGGAAAGCACCUCAAAAACCCAAGAGAUCUCCCAGUGUUCAAUCUGAUGCAUCUUUUGAUAGCCAUAGUUACUAUGACAUGACUGGUGGCAUGGAGCACAUUGAAAGGACUCACAGAUCACCAUCAGACCGGAGUGGUGGGAGCCUGACUGAUAGCAGUGGUAAUGAAGAUGGAUCUUUAUCAGAUGACUUUGAUGAUGAUGAGGGGAACUAUGCUGGAGUUGCUGAUCUCCAUGACAGUGAGGACGGCUUUGACGAGUUUGAGCUCCCGGAGGCUCGUAAGAGGUUACAGAGUCUUGGGAGAAAGGCUCAGAAAGCAUUCAUGGUUGCAAAGGAGAUUAAAGACUCAGAGAAGGUGUUUGUUGAUGUCUUGAAACUACUCAAUGUGGACUUAAGGAAGGUUAUUGAUGAUAGUAGUUCAAAGAAUGGAGGCAAGCCGGUGAUAGAGAAAGCAGCAUUGGAUCAGAUUAUUGGUCAUCUACCACAACUUCAGAAAUUCAAUGAAGAUCUCCUUACUGAUCUUGAAACAAGAAUACGCAAUUGGUCUACUAAUCCAAAGAUAGCAAACAUCUUUCUCACCAAAGGCCAUUUCUUGAAGCUCUAUUCUCAGUAUAUCCAGGCUUUUGAACGGAUUACUGCAGCCUUUGAUGAAGCUUGUAGUAAGAAUCCAAUCUUUACACAGGUUGUGAAGGAAUUUGAGAUGAGUGAACGAUGUAGGAAUCUAGCGAUCAAGCACUACAUGUUGAAACCAGUACAGAGGAUACCACAGUACAAAUUGCUACUAACAGAUUAUUUGAAACAUUUGGAUACAGACUCGGAGGAAUUCAAAGAGACAAAAGAUGCCCUUGCCAUAGUGAGUAUGGUAGCAAGCCAUGCCAAUGAGAGUAUGAGACAAGGGGAUAACUUUGAAAAACUGUUAGCUAUCCAGCACAGUCUGAUUGGCAGUCAAGAGAUUGUCAAACCAGGCAGGAGACUUGUCAAGGAAGGAGAACUUCUGAAGAUGUCAAGAAGAGUUAAUCAACCAAGAAAAUUCUUCCUGCUGACUGAUGUUCUUCUUCACACAACACAAUUGCCGACUGGUCAAUAUAAACUAAACAAUGAUCUUUCUCUGGCAGGUAUGAAGGUUAAUCGAUCAAGCCAAGAGGAUAGCUAUGAACUGGAAAUUAUCAGCGUUCAGAGAUCAUUCACCCUCCUUGCUGCGUCAAAGGAGGACUGUGAAGCCUGGUACAAUGCACUGACCAAGACAAUUGAUGAAUAUGAGAACAAGAAAAGCACCUUUGACCAGAACAAACCAGAACAUAAAGGUUUGACUGAGGGUGAUACAUCAAGUCUUGGACGUAAAGCACCCUUAUGGAUACCAGACAGUAGAGUUACCAUGUGUAUGAUCUGUACAAGUGAAUUCACUAUUACAUGGAGAAGACAUCAUUGUAGAGCAUGUGGAAAGGUGACAUGUGGCCAUUGUUCCAAGAACAAAGCACCAUUGAUGUAUCUAUCUGACAAAGAAGCCAGAGUGUGUGAUAAAUGUUAUGAAACACUGGUCCUAUCUCAGCAGAAAGAUGGGCAAGAGAGAAAGGAGAGAACCAAAAAUAAGACGAAUAAAGCCAAGAGAAAAAAAUCUAACAGACAACCUGUCAGAUCUACUGUUUUGCAGGUUGGUGCAAGGGACGAAUCUAAUUCUUCAAUGAGUGGAUAUCUUUGGUUGAGGGUGAAGAAGAAAGAUUGGAAGAGAAUGUGGUAUCGCAUCAAAGACAAGGUUCUCUAUACUUAUAAAGCAAGUGAAGAUGUUGUAGCUCAAUCUACUACACCACUACUUGGCUAUGCUGUCUGCGUUAUUAAUGAGACAUUUGAAGGUUUUGAACCAGGUUUGAUUCUGCAACUCACCCAAGGAAGAAUGAAACAUAUUCUUAGAUCAGAGACACCUGAAGCGUGUGCAAGAUGGAAUGAGGCCAUGGUGGAAGCCAGUUGUUUGGAUUGAUUCGUCAGGUUUAGUCAGUUUAAAAAGCAAUUCACCUGUGUGUUGUAUCUGUACCUCAAAGAAGGGACCAAUUAAUAACAUUGAAAUUCCAAUAUUGUAAUUUAAUGAAAACUGUAUUGAUAAUUAGCUUGAUUUCUUAUGUAAUAAAUAAUUCAUUUGUUAUAGAGAUCACCAAUAUUAUGUGCUAUAUAAGUACAAUAUUAUUAUUAGGCAUGCAAAAAGAUGUAAUGAAUGAAUCUCAUUGUGAAUACUUCACUAGGUGUAAUAUUCAAUAAAUUGUCUUGCCUAUUUUGAUAACUGAAAUUAUUGUAGCGUAAUUUAUACAGAUGAAAAAGAAGUGUCCAUUUUCUGUUAUUCUUAGCCAAAGGUCAAAUAUAUCCUGAAUGUUAGCACUUUAUGUUGAUGAAAUGGAAUAGAAAUUGAUUCUAUCUUUAGAUCAAAUAUUCAUUGGGUUUUUUAAUUUCAUAUUUUCUGUGCAGGGCUCAUUUUUGCAGCUGUAUAUUUUCUAUGCAACUGUAUCAUUCCAGGAGGACAUAUUGUGGUUGAUUUUAUUUCUAGUUCUGAAUAGACUCGUCAAUUUUUAGCAUGUAAAAAUAUGGUUGUAUUGCAAUAAUUGCUUUCUGCGUUAUUCCUAUGUGAACUAAAAAGAAGGCAUAAGGCACGCUAUUUGAGAUGUAUUGAGGGGGGGCCAAUGCUGGCCCCCCACCUUCUGAUCUCAGCCGCUGUUCACGCGCGCGAUCACGAUGAAAUUUGUGGCACGCACAUUCUUCACCACAUAACUACAAGCUAGUAUUAAAAAGAAAGAAUUUUUAUAUUUAUUGCUAAUAAAAAAUAUGCAAAUUCAUGAAAAAUAUUUGCAUAUUUAACACCCAAUUUCACUUCAAAUUUUCUUUUUUGCAGAUGUCACCUUUGUAAUCUUAUUUAAAGGUUUCCAAAAAGAAAAAUUGCGAUGGCCAAAUUUUUCCUUAUAUAUUUCUUUGUUUUUAUUAUUUCUUAUGUAUUUUUCUUUGUCAUUUUUGGUUUUUCAUUGAUUUUUCAAUGAAAAUUAUUAUAGGCAACUUAACAACUAAAUUACACCCUAUAAUUAGAAAGAAAAAUAAUCACCUUUUAUGAAUUUCAUCUCCCGUAGACUUUGAACACAAAGUAUAAAAAUGGGGCAUUUUCAGCUUGACAUUGUCUCUAAAAAAGUCAUGCGACCUCGCGAUGCUAUACCCAAAUGUCACGAAUUUAAAAAGAACAGUACAUUUUGGGGUGCUAUCUUUUAGCGUUUUGGAAAUAUCGCGCGAAGCGUCGGGGGGCAUCAUGCCCCCUUCCAGUCUUUCUAGGGUUAACACAGAUGUGAAAACGAUAACUUAAAAAGGCCUGACUUGACAUUCAUGCGUUUUGUAGGUUUUGGAUACGGAUCCGAUUUAUGUUCUACAUCAAGUGAAUCAAACUUGCUCAUUUAACUUUAAACAGUUUGGGCUAUUUUGAAAAUUGCAUGGCCUGGGGGAAGGGGAUGG